GGCAGGUCAGUCAGUUGUUGCACAGGUUUCAGGUCAGAGGGAUGGGCUUUCUGACGCCACCCUUAAGAAAGACGCGCUCAAAGCCGAGAAUUCAUUCACUUGAGCAUCUGAGCAACACUUAACUUCUCCUUUAUUUUACUCAGUCAUCAGGACCAACAUGGUGUCGAUGGGACGUCAGAUGCUGGGCUUGGCCCUGGCCAUCGUCGGCUUUUUGGGAACCAUCAUUGUGUGUGCUCUCCCCAUGUGGAAGGUGACUGCCUUCAUAGGGGCCAACAUUGUGACCGCACAGGUGAUCUGGGAGGGCCUCUGGAUGAACUGUGUGACGCAAAGCACAGGGCAGAUGCAGUGUAAGAUCUACGACUCUCUGCUGGCACUGCCCCAGGAUCUACAGGCUGCUCGAGCUCUCGUUGUAAUUGCCAUCAUUGUUGCUGCUCUUGGGGUCUUAUUGGGCAUCGUUGGAGGAAAGUGCACCAACUUCGUGGAGGACAGCACAGCCAAAGCUCGAGUGGCCAUUGCUGCUGGGGUUGUGUUCAUCGUCGCAGGAGUGCUGGUCCUGGUCCCCGUCUGCUGGUCCGCCAACACCAUCAUCCGCGACUUCUACAACCCCAUCAUGACCAAUGCUCAGAGGAGGGAGCUGGGGACGAUGGCUUCGAUGGGAAUGCAGUUGCUGGGUGCCAUUUUGGCUCUUUUUGGCUGGAUUGGGGUCAUUGUUGCAUGUGGAGCUCCUACGUGGCGAGUAACUGCUUUCAUUGGCAACAACAUUGUGACAUCGCAGACCAUCUGGGAGGGCAUCUGGAUGAGCUGCGUAGUCCAAAGCACGGGACAGAUGCAGUGCAAAGUGUAUGACUCCAUGCUCGCUCUAGGUACUGACCUUCAAGGAGCUCGAGCCUUGGUGGUGGUCUCCAUUAUUACAGGAAUUCUGGGGCUUGUAAUUGCCUUCACUGGGGGUAAAUGUACCACUUUUAUCCCAGAGGAACGGGCAAAAUCCAGGGCUACCAUUGCAGCUGGCGUGGUAUUGAUCAUCAGUGGAGUUCUUUGCCUCAUUCCUGUUUCUUGGACAGCGAGCACGAUCAUAAGGGACUUCUACAACCCUGUGCUGGUGGAUGCGCAGAGGAGAGAGCUAGGGGCAUCGCUAUAUGUUGGUUGGGGAGCAGGGGGACUUUUGGUUCUUGGAGGAGCCCUCCUUUGCGUAAACUGCCCAAAGAGCGACAAUGAUCAAGCCCCAUCUGUGAAAUAUCUGCUCAACAAAUCAACAGCAGGACAGAGCAGGAUAAACUCUGUCAGAUCGCUCACUCCAUCAAAGACCUAUAUCUGAGUUUUCAAUGUAACA